CAGCGCAGAGCGGAGUGUAUAAUGACGCGCUCGCGUGAAUUAUCAUCUAUCCAUUAACCAUCGCGCGCAUCACGAUCUCGAGGAGUGACGCGGAACACGGAGCGCUUUCCGUUUAUCCAGGUAAACAUUAGUGAACACUCCUCUGCGGUUCAAGUCUGUCAUUAACAACAUGCCACUGACAACUCGAGCAACUUUAUUUGGAUUAAAUCACGUCCCGGGCGUUAAAAUGGUGUCACGCGUCUGAAAAUGAACUCAUCUUGACUGGAAGACGCGCAUCAACAUUGUGACUGCCGAUGUCCUCUGGAGAUCUAAAGAGCCCGGAUCUGCUCAUCCGAAGAUCACAACUCGGGGGAGACCCAGGAACUGCGAGAAGUUAGCAUUCCCUCAUUGCACCAGCUGUCGGGAAAAAAGCAUCUGCAGACAUUAAUUUCUUCUUGUCAAUGGAUCUCUGAGAACUUCGGAAAGUGCCUACUCACUUUCACUUUUCCAAUAUACUGAACGCCUUGCAUUUUUGUGGAAAGAGUUACAUGGGAUAGUUGUUCAAGUGUGAAACCAGGUCACUUUCUUUGAACUCUGGUCAGUGGGAAACCUUUCCAUUGGUUAGUUUUGAGAAAAUGAACUCUACUAACUCUUGGAUAGACUCUAUAUGGGUUUUUAACAACGGGAUUCUUAGAAAUAGGAUAUCUAUGACGUUUGUUUGCUUUGAGACUUGUGAGUGAGUGAACUCUACCACAGCGAAACAACCAGCAGGUCUCCGUAAGACUUUUACACUGGAUCCUGGAGGGCCCAAGCCUCAUCAAGGUUAUCAUCAUGGUGAUGUCGCAGGGCACCUACACGUUUUUGGUGUGUUUUGCCGGGUUCUGGCUGAUCUGGGCGCUCAUUGUCAUGCUCUGCUGCUUUUGCAGCUUUGCUCAACGCAAACUGAAGCGCCGGCGUGAAGAGAGACUGAGGGAACGGUGCCUGCGAGCUCUGGAGAUGGAGCCAUUGGAGUGUACAGGUGGUGGUUACCCCAUCAGAGAGCCCCCCCAGUUCUGCCCACCACUUGAAAUGAUGCCCCCACAGUUGCCUGUUAACCACACUCUCCCUCAAGCAAACUGGACUGUCCCUGAAGCAGACACAGAUGUCUUUGGAAAACCUCCUUGCUAUGAAGAAGCCGUAUUGAUGGAGGACCCUCCGCCGCCUUACAGCGAGGUUCUGGCAGACCUAAGAGGAGGAACUUACACCAAACCAUCAACCAGGUCCUCCAGGGAGCAACAGGAGUCUGAAACCAGCAAGAUGGCCCCCAUGACCGUGUUUUCUGAACGUGGCUACUCCUCCCUCAUACAACUACCUUUAGCCAGGCGAUGGGACUCGCUGGGACACCUUCUGUCCACCAUGGACCUCAACCACAACAAUCUGCCCGUAGAGCCUCAGGCCUCUGCCAUUGCCACCAUGCCUCGUGAAGGCCGGACUCACACAGAUUUGGGUCUUCAAGGCCUCCAUGGUCUGGAUCAACACUACGGUUUGCCCACCACCUUUCCCCUUCUGGGGCGCAGCACAGCAGUAUGAACUCCACAAAAAAGACCUGCAUACCAAGUUCUCGCAAAGCUGAGUAUACGUGGUAAGAUGAGUCUGAAAGAGGCUUUCCAAAUGUUUUCGAUUGCAGAUUUGGAGGCAGAUUAAGUUCAGGAUGAUUCAGCUUAGACUAUCUAUAUUGUUUUUGUGAGAGAGGGGUUCACUGCAGAUCCAUCAUCCUGUAUUUUCUCUUUCAUCCUCCCUCUCUCACACUCCGUGGCAUCUUCGCCUGAUGAAGAGCAGCAGCUAUUAUGUGAAUUCUGUUGCCAUGGCUCCUGAGAGCUGCCUGCAGCCCACCAAUGCCUCGCCUUCACAUCCUCUCUUUCUCCCCUUCUUCUCAUCUACGGCUCUCUGAUAUAAUACAAAUGACAUUUCAAACACCGUCUUUGUAAAUCAGGGUGUAACAUAAUGCAGACAAAUAGCGAAAUAACAGUGGUUGGUCUGUACUGUAGCUACACAAUGCUGCUCGUCUUUAUCAAUGUUUUUAUAUAAAACAUGGAACAAUACAUGGCUUUCGAGGUAAAUGUUUGAAAACUGAUUUUUGUUCCUUUCUCUGGAGGUAUUUUUUAACUUUUUGGGGAUUCAAAGCUUCAGUGUAGUCAUUAAAAACAUUUCUUCUUAAGGAUUUGCUGAACCUGCGUAAAGAAUUGCAUUAAAAAAAAACAAAAAAACAUCUGUAGUCUUCAUUUGAGGAAGUUGAAUCCCACAGCUUUUAAUAAAUUAGUCCAUGCAGGUACAUUGAGAGAUGGCCUUUUAUUUCAUGUGAUUAGUAUAAUCCUUUUUUCUUUUUUAGCAUUUUCAGAAUCUCUGUAUGAAUGAUGAUUUCUUGUAUAACAUUAAAUCAGUCCUCCUAAAGUGCUCCUAUAAUUGACGAUAGGGCCUUAUAAUGACCAACGAAUGGGAAUCCAGAAUUUUGUAACGUUUUCAUUCUACACACGUUGCCAUUUUUACACCCUGGUUUUGUUGCAGCCACACCAUUUGAGAUUUACGGCUUCAAACCGUAUUCACACUGGUGCUGGUCCUAGCUAGACAAACUGAAUCCACUUUGGUAGUGCACCGUGUUUUUCCUCAAUGUGGUGAUUGCUGCAUUGUGAAAAUGCUUGAAUUUUGUUUUCUUUUAUCACCAUCAUUUCCUAUUAGGUUUUCGUGCCCUUAAACGACUCUACCUCAAUUCAUCUAAUGGCUGUCUUUGUCAGCUUACCGGCACAUAAUGCUGCUUUCAUGCAUGCACUGGAUGCUUUCAAAUGACAUUUGAUUAAAAUAAGCUCCAUUUUGGAAAUAUAAAAAGCAAUUAGUGGCAUAAAUUCAACAUAAUGCAUUUACAGCAUCACAGUGACAUAAUUGGUUUAUGGCAAUGAAAUGCUUAGUUUUUUUUUUUAAACUGGGCAGCCAUUACUAGACUGCCCAAAAAUAACAAAUUAUAAAUGAACUGUAUAUGAAGACUCUCUCUUUUGUUGUGUCUGCUCAUCUUAAAAGGUGUAGGCAUUGUUCCCUUCUUGGUAAUAACCUGUGCAAACAUAUAUAAUGCAAUUAUAAUAAGUUAUAUAACGAUAUAGAGCAAUAUUAUGUUGAUAUUAGUGUAUGGUGACUGAGGCCACCACACUGUCUAUUCCUUUAAAGAAAUAUUCCAUGAUUAAUACGUGAAUAAUAAGGAAACUCAAUCCACAGCAGUUGUGGCACUUGCAAUGGAAGUGAAUGGGGACUAUCAGUAAAUGUUAAAAUACUCACUGUUUCAAAAGUAUAGCCACAAGACAUAAACAAUAUGGUGCUUAACUUGAUUUUAGUGUGCAAAAAUUGCUUACCUUAUAGACAAUUUUACAACUUCGAAGCCAUAAUGAUGUAAUGCUAAGUAAACCCUAAAAUGACCAUAAAACUGAUGAAUUAAACAACUAUAAAACUUCUAUAAUAAACAAGUUUUAACUGAGGAAUUAAUGUAAGUGCUUUCAUAAAAUUAUAAGCUUCACAUUUCUACCUUUAAACCCUCUGAAAUAAAUUUUGUAGUAAUGUUUGUGCCACAAAUGCUGUCGAUUGAACUUUACUUGUAUUGAACCCAGAAUAUUCCUUUAAGAAAAAGAACAUCUUGCCAACCAAUUUAAGGCUGAAGUAUGCCCUCCUCUAUGUUUUAAAUAAAGAUCGAGAAUGUCCAAUGGAUUAAAUGGACAAAUGUUGAUCAAUUCAGGGGUAAUAUAUAUUAUUAUUUUUUUGCACAGACUAUCAAUGACUAUCAAGACAAUCAGUGGAAAAAUGUAUUAGCUUUGUAAAAUCACUGCACCUUAAUCUAAUUUUACAAUCAUCCUUGGAACACUACUGCAGUGAUUCAAAAUGCGCCUAUGACCCAAAAAUAUUUUCACUAUAAAAUGUGUCUAUGUGAAGGGUUUGAGGGAUCUUUUUAGAGAGUGGGUUACUAAAUACGAUUAUCUUGUCUCGUUUUUCCAUUUCUUUUUAAAAUUGUUACAUCACGAGAGGCAAAAGACAGAGAUGUAAACUGUCAUCAGUCUGCCAGCAAUGUGUUGCUAAGCGACCGAAACAGAGCCUUGUGAAUCUGUUUACAUAGAUGAAGUGAACAGUUGCAUCACUCUGCUGGGUACACAGUCUCCUCACAUCCACUAUGAUAAGUGGAUUGUGGUCUGCAAAUGAGCAUAUAUGAGACAUAUUAUGUAUCAAAGCACCCCACUUGUGCCAUUUACAAUGAAAGCCAUAAUAAUUUUAGGCUAACUACUUUUUUUCUGAGUACUGUACAUUUGUUUGGAUAAGAUAAGCAAUGAAUUUUGACUCCCAAUUUAUCAUUCCCAAUUUCAAAUUCAGAUUAUUUUCAAUCUAGAUAACUAAUAUUCUUUCUUUGUCACAUGAAAUGUGAAUGGCAAACUGUGAAAUUGUAUCAUGCAAUGUCCAUGUAGCAUGCAAAAGUGUGCUUGUUAGUACUUAAAAGUAUUUCCAUGAUUAUGUGAGAAUUUUUUAAAAUCUUUUUUUAAAUACAGUAUAUACACAAUACAUGGAUUGGGCCAAUGAGUGCCAGUGAACUCAAUUCUCAUUAAUAAACUGAGGUACAAAUAUUACGAUAAUGUUUGAUCUUUUCUAUUUGUCCAUUUUGUUCUACACCAUGUCCUAACCAAUCAACUAAUCUGUCUGUUCACACUGAAGGUGAAA